CAUGAUGCAUCUGUGUUCAGCGAGUGAGUCGGACGCUCGCGCCGCGUCUCGUCAAAACAAACCGAAGUCCUUUUUUUAAUUUUUGUUGUUUCUCGGGAGUUUCAACGGGAAACGAUGGAGAGCGACUGCACGGACUGACCCGUGUGCCGGAGUUGACGGAGGAUACUCGGCGUUACCUGGACCGUAGUUUGGACCUUUCUAGAUUAAAAAGUUAGCCGACGCGUUUCGUUUGCCAUGUGGGAGUGAUACGUGUCGCCAGGAGGUGCCAUGCUAGCCACACAGAUGCCACCAGAUAUGCCACCCGAGGCCAAAGAUGUCAAACAGAUCAAAGAGAAGUUGGCACGGUCGCUCAAGGCCCUGCAGAAGCGAUACGUAAUGUCGGACGCAGUGGUGACCAGCGAGGACUCCGACGCUAACCUGCUAUGCUGCGCCCUGGAGGCCGUCUUCAUCCACGGUAUCAAGAGCAAGUAUGUCCGCUCGGAGGCCGCGGGACGGAUCCGGAAGGGAGAUCGGGGACCCCUCCCUCAGCCUUUUUUCUGGAGCCUCCUCAAGACCGUCACCCACCGUGACGUGAUCACAGAGCUGGAGAAGAUCAGCUUCGUGGGCACGGACGUGGGUCGCUGCCGAGCGUGGCUGCGGCUGGCUCUCAACCACGGCCUGCUGGAGUGCUACCUGGCGUCGCUGUUUCGGGAGGACUCCAAGCUGCGGGCGCACUAUCAGCCCAACGCCCUGCUUCUGAACGCCGAGGAGCGCGACGUUCUGCUCAGCUACCUCCAGGGUCUGGCCUCACUGACAUUCAGUCUGUCCUACAAAUCGGCCGUCCUCAACGAAUGGACCACCACGCCCUUGGCUCUGGCCGGACUCUGCCCCUUAUCUCAGGUGGAUUCGCUCCACCUGUCCCUCAAUGGCGAUUCCAAGGAAUCGUGGGACACGGCGUCUCAGUCGUCGGGCUCGUCAGACGCCCUGGACAUGCAGUCGGAGGGGAGGGGCUCUGGUGCUUUGCGAGGGGGCAGGGAUGCACUCAACUCCUCUAAUCUGAGCCUGGACACCACCGGCUCCUCCCAGCUCUCCUCCAGCCUGAGCUCUGACAGCCUCCUGCAGGGGCAGGACCCCCGCAGCCCGGCAGCAGAGCAGUGGUCCUCGAGUGACCUGGACCUGUCCAAUAACAUCUGCAGCAAGAGGCCACAGAAAGAUUCACUGACUGAGUUUCAGGGGAACGGGCAGUGCAGUCAGGACUCCAUGCGUGAAGACUCCUUCGUCUCGAGCACGGGGGCGGAUCAGUUAUCGGAGACGGCCGUUUUCAGCAGCUCCGACAGCGAGCCCCAAGGUUCUGCCGCGCCGUCCCACGACCCGGAAGACCAGCCCCCGAACUCCGACGCCACAUCCUCCGGUUCUCUCCAAACGUCCCUUGAUUCCCAGUCGUCGGACGAGAACCACGUCAUCCACUCCCCCUCUGAGGUGUGCGACGACACCUCCGAUGAGUCGCAUUUGGACACGGACCAAGAGGAAGUAAAUUCGGCUGAUGUGAAGGGGAGUUGUGAGUCCGCCCAGGAUGAGAAAGAAGAAGAAAGCUCCACGAAGAGCAGCUCGGAGCCGCCGGCACUUCCAGGUCCACGUCGUUCCACCAGCAUCCUGAGCAGGAAGUUGUCCUCGGAUUCUCUGUCGCAUUCCUGUUCGUGGAUCUCCGAUGAUGACAUCUACAAGCCCCAGCUGGAGGAGGUGCCGGACCACGACGAGGUGCCUCCGCCCGCUCCCACGCCCGAGCCCAAAGUCUCCCAGUCGCCUCCCAGCGUCGUCCAUCGCAGGCAAAUCGGACUGUCCAACCCGUUUCGUGGCUUGCUGAAGCUCGGACAUCUGGAGAGACGAGGUGCAAUGGCGUUGUGGCGAGACUACUACUGCGAGCUGUCGCCCUUCGAGUUCCGCCUGUACCUCAACGCGGAGGAGCGGACCUGCUGCGACAACUGCUCCCUGCUGCGGUGCGAGGACGCUCAUGUCACCUCGUCCGAGGGCCGCUUCGAGUUGGCCUUCCCUGGUAAGCGGCUGUACCUCCGAGCGGCCAAUCGUGACGAAGCCGAGGACUGGGUGGACCGGAUCGUCGAGGCCGUCAACAAAUGCAGACCAGCACCUCGUGCUGACGAGCAGUGGGAGGUGCUGCAGCCGUGCCGUGAGAAUGGUGUUAAUGAUCGCAAGUUUUCAUCCUCGUCCUCUGCCCCCUCCAGCCCCGAGAGAGGACUUAUACCCUCUGACACGAGGACCUGCGGAGGGUUGGACACACCUCCCCCUCCACAGGAGUUCAACUGGACUCGCACCGCUGAUUUGGAAACGGACGCCAUCAAAGAAGCCAUUUUGUACUUCUCUACAGACCCUGAGGCUCGGACAUGGGUGCCCCUGAUCUUCUCCCUCUCCCUGGAGGCCUUGAAAGGCUUCCGGAUGCAAGGGGAAAGAAAGUUUCUGCAGCUGAACUAUCCCAUUGAGGAAACCCGGGACGUGGUGCCUGACGUGUCCAUGGGAGGACCGGCCUUUUUCAAACUGUUGACCGUGAGGGAUACGCUCAGACUCCGGGCAGAGGACGCAGCGGAGGCUCGGUCCUGGAGGGAUUUGAUCCGUGGAGCUCUGGACUCGUACCUGGAGAGUGGGGAGGACGGGGGCUCUGAGGAGCCAGCUCUGGUACACGCCGGGGUGACGGGGAAUCUCCACAGGCUGGUGCAGCACAGAUUAAAAGAAGAUGGCGCACUUCUGGUCCAUCUUUGCACCGUGCCCUCAGAGAAGGGUCUGGACACUCAGAGCUUCAAAUGUGCAGGGUGUCCUCAGCAGAUUGGCCCGUCCCGGGGCAGAGCCAGGCUCUGCGAGUUCUCAGGCCAGUACUACUGUGACUCCUGUCACCACGGCGACACCACCAUCAUCCCCUCACGCAUGGUGCACAACUGGGACCUCAAUCAACGAGAGGUGUCUAAGAAGGCCCUGCAGCUAAUGGCUCAGGUGGAGCAGGAGCCUUUGCUGAACCUGGAGCAACUGAACCCCGAGUUAGUGACGCACUCCAUGUCCAUGGCUCAGGCCCACAACCUGCGGCAGAGGCUGCGCCUCUUCGGCGACUAUCUCCUCACCUGCCGCAGCGGAGCCUACAAGAAACUCCAGGCCAGAAUGGAGCAGCGAACGUACUUGUUGGAGUCGAGCCAUCUGUACAGCGUCGUGGACCUACGACAGAUAGCCGAGGACGAAUACACAGUCUACCUGAUGACGCUGCUGCAGUUCGCCUCCAACCACGUGUUCCACUGUGACCUGUGCAUGCAGCGCGGCUUCAUUUGCCAGAUAUGCCACGCCAACGACACCAUCUUUCCCUUCCAGUUUGACACCACCACCAGGUGUAAAGAUUGUAAAGCCGUGUUUCACAGUGCUUGCAAGGCUCCUGGACGCCCGUGUCCUCGCUGUGAGCGAAUGAAGAAAUACCGGGAGAGGGAUCUUCAGGACUGAGGUGAAGCGCAGUCCUCCAGGAAGCUAGAAAAGAAAAUAACCGAAAAGUCAAAAACAAAAACAAAAUCUAGCUUUUACAUGAAGAAACCUUAAGUGCAAUUAUGAGCGCAACUAACCUGUCCUCCCAGCUGACCUGAAGAACCGAAGAGGGAGGCCUGAGAGCCGCGGUGCUGCAGUAGCCACAGAGUCUCUGGCGCUGAUUUUACAGCGACGUCGUUGACCCUAGUGAUGCUGACGUGAUGCAGCCAAAUGUAACUGACUCUAAUACCUCUCUGCAUUCUGAUUCCGCAUCAAUAGAAGGACCGGACAGCGGAGGAGGUUGCUGCCAAGAAUCGUAUCUGCUGCAUUUUCACUUUUUUCGUUUUGUUCGUCUUAAAGGGGCAGUAGGCGAUUUUAAUCCAAUACAAUUUUUUUGAAAACAAAAAAAAUGCUUCGGACCACACAACACUGUGUUUGCAGUUUAGCCGGGCUCUGACCAGUGCAGUUAAAGAAUCAACAACAAACAACUUUUGCCAAAAUUGCGUACUGCCCCUUUAACGUGUCAAAUACAUUCCCCAUCGUCUUUACCAGGAAUCCUCUCUCAGAUGCACAAAAAGAAGUUGCGUAUAUUUCGUACGGUCAAGUACCAUACAUGCAAAAACAAUCCAAACAGCACUUGACAUGUUCGUAUCAACACAUUUCGAUUGUGCCUUGUUUUUUAUUUUAUUUUUUAUUUAAGCUUUACACUACUUCUCUCUUGGUCUUAUUCAGGCAUCACAUAGGCUGUUUGUUAUUUUUGUGGGGGUUUUUUGCAAGUGCCAUAAGGUGACAGAACAUUACACAUCUGUCACCAAGAAGAUCUUUGUGGACUAAAGUUUCUUUAAACUCUUUAAACAGGCGUUGAUUAAGAGAUAUGAUGUGAUUUAAGAUGCAGCUCUGUAAUCCUAAAGGGUUUAGAGGGGAGAUUAAAAACAAAUAAUAAUAAUAAUAAUAUUAAUGAUGCUGCUUGUCAUGAAAUUGCUAGUGUAAAUGAAUUAUAAAAGUUAUUGCAGAUAUGUUGGUGCAAAUUAUUGAUUUCUUUUUUAAGGGGAGAGAGUAAAUCACUAUCUCCCCCUGAAUCUGAAGUCAAAACACAUUUUGCAUAUUUGCACUUCGCUAUGACUGUUAAACAGAUGUAGUUGUUAUAUCCUCUCGCACAUGAAAUGACGCCAUGACAUCUUUUUUUUUUCUUCCAUUUUUUAUCAGUUUUAUUUUGAUCUCUUGAAUAUCUGAAGUUACAUUGUAGAAGGUGAUUAGUGUUGAAGGUUUACUCAUCAAAUCAUUUUUUGAUAUAUGCAGAAUAUUUCACUUGCAAGUGGCAAACAGAAAACUGUUUGUGUUUUUUUUUCAUCGUCAUCUCAUUCAGUAUGUGUGAGGUAUAAAUGACUAUUAUAAAAUAAAUGUCUGUGUGUUUCA